UAUUAUCAAUCCCCAUUCUUUCUUUGCCCUUUAUUCCCCAUCCUUUUGUUCUUACGAGCAUCUUCUAUUACUUGAAUUGAAUUCCCAAAUGCAGAAAAUGAAGACCACAGCAGCUCAAUUUACAUACCCAUGGCAGCUUUGCAAAACUGUCCACCUGGUGAGGCAUGGACAAGCCAUGCAUAAUGUAGAAGGAGACAUUAAUCGUGAAGCACUGUUGUCCCCUCACCUAUUUGAUGCCCAGCUUUCCCCACUGGGCCUGCACCAGGUUGGUAAACUGCGGGAGGAUGUUCAUGCUAGUGGUCUACUUAAGAGGAUUGAGUUGGUCGUAACUUCCCCCUUAUACAGGACCAUGCAAACUGCUUUUGGAGUAUUCGGUAGUACUGAAAGCAACGAAGAUGCAGGUGUCAAUCACCCCCAAAUUAUGGCAGUUGAGCUUUGUCGAGACCGCAUGGGUGUUCGUCCUUGUGAUAUGAGGAGAAGGGUCAGCGAGUGUCAGGCUCUUUUCCCUUCCAUUGAUUUUUCAAUGGCAAGUUCCUUUAACCAUAAGAUGCUGAUAUAG